AUGCCUCAAGAAAAUGCAAGGACAAUCAAUGCCGUCACCGGGCAUUUCAACGACAUGCGAAUGAAAGGGAGGCUCUCUCGAAGCUGGAGAGCAAAGCAUUGGAACCACGAUAGGCCGUGGACCGUUGAAGAAGACGCAGAGAUACUUUUAUGGCAUGUGUCAGGCCGGGCCAACCUCGAUCCGCAAAAGUUUGUCAGGAAUGACCGCGCGGGCGGUGCGGUACUCGAGCGAGAGAAAUAUCUCUGUGAAGACGCGGAGCUCGUCGAAACCGUUGCACGGAUCGAGGAGCGACUACGGCUGAUCCUGCUUGAGCACGACAUGAUCGACACCGAAGCCGAUACAGUUAUGGCACGACAGGCAGCCAUAGAAGCCCGGCGGGAGGAAGGGAACGGCCUUGUGGAGAUAUAUACUGCGAUACAAGACUCGCUAAAGGCACGAGAAGCUGAUGCGGAAGAGCAUACUGGGCAGGUUUAG